CAUUCAUCCUCUACAAACCAGUCUUCAAGCGAUCUUUGGAAGCACAACACACCUAAAAGUAUACAGCCCACUACGCACAGCAAUAUGUUCUCAAAGUCAAUUGGAUUAAUUGCCCUGCUGGCAACAUUGUCUGUGGCUUAUGCACAAUUUGGAGGAUCCCUAACAUCGAACAGCCGCGGAGGUGCAGAUGCAUUUCUGAGAUUGGGACACCAGUUUGGAGAUGCUAACCGGAACUUCGGUGGUGGUGUUUUUGCCAGUGGUAAUACGCUAGGAGGCCCUGUGACCAGAGGAGGAUUUUUGAGCGCCAAUUCAAAUGGUUUGGGAGCUUCCCUCCAGCACUCUAAGACACCCGGUUUUGGUUCAGUCUUCUCCCAAAAUGCUCGUGCCAAUAUCUUUCAAAACGAUAAACACAAUUUGGAUGCCAAUGCCUUUCAUAGCCGCACAAAAUUGGACAAUGGAUUCAAAUUCAAUACUGUUGGUGGUGGUUUGGACUACAAUCAUGCCAAUGGCCAUGGAGCUUCACUGACAGCUUCUCGCAUUCCUCAGUUAAAUAUGAAUACUGUUGACCUUACAGGCAAAGCUAAUUUGUGGAAAUCUCAGGAUCGGGCCACUACUCUAGAUUUAACGGGUGGUGUCUCUAAGAAUUUCGGUGGACCCUUAGAUGGGCAGACUAACAAACAUGUUGGUGUUGGCCUAUCGCACAAUUUUUAAAUGUUCCCGAUUUUGUUUUUUUCGCAUUUCGAAUUUAUUUAAAAUAAGGUUUUAGCUAUAAUAAAUUAUUGAAUCUAUUACAUAUGUCAA